AUGGCCGACACCGCACCGGCUCAGACAGCGGCACCCGCGAAUGGAGCCGCACCCACACCCAGCGCAACAGCAGGAGCCCCGAAUGCGCCCGCCGACCAGAACGCAGCAAGUCGCGGACUGCCAUACUAUGAAAAGCUACGACGAGAGCUAAGGGAUACGCUGCAGAAAAAGCGUCUGAUGGACAAGAGCAUGGCUCAACUUGAGGAUCAGAUUUUCCGCUUCGAACAAUCCUACCUCGAAGAAACCACCGCCGGAAACAUCAUCAAAGGCUUUGACAACUACAUUAAAGGCUCAUCAAGCGGGUCUAGUCUCGGUGCUUCGGGACUAGGAAUCGGUGGCGGCGUGGCAGGAUCAAGACGAAAGGCUGCAGUUACAGAGUCCGACCGAGUUUUCUCACGGAGCUCCGCCAGUUUCAUGAUGGUAUGUGUGGUUGGCGACAGCGAUGAUAGGCAUUAUGCAUUAUGGAAUAUGAAGCUGACCAUACUCUUUACACAGGACUCACCUGGACCUUCGUCUGCUCAAACCACACCCUCGCACGCUGCAACGCCGGCAUCAACGCCGGGCGGAGGCCUAUCAAUGAAGAACGGUACGCACCCCUAUCUACGUUGCUUUUCGGCGCGGAAUAAAGUCUUCGAAUUUGGAUUCGACGAGGCUCAACAUUUUGGUGGAUCAAUGAAACCAGGAACAAAAUACUGA